AUUUCAUUAUGGAAGUACGGUGGACUGUUCCUUUAAAGUCGCUGCGGCUGAGAAGGCUGCGCUGGAGGCGCACGCCAAAGCUCUGCCUGCAUUGCAUGCGCUGAAGAUGGAAGAAACUGCUUUAAAAUAAAAAAUGGAACAACUAGAACUUAAAGGUGGGGUAUGAGAUUUUUUCAGGAGUAUUUUUUUUACCAUAUUGCUUGAAAAGCUCCUCACACCCAUGUUGCAAGCAGUACAAUAGAAGGUUUGACCCAAAAAUGAAAUAUUUUAAUCCAGUCUACAGUGUAAAAUAAAGGAAAAACGCCAUCCAAUCCUAUAGAGCAAGGGUGCCCAACCAGUCGAUCGCGGUCUACCAGUCGAUCGCAGGCGGAGUUUCAGUCGAUCGCGAGAAUGACAAAAAAAAAAAACUUUGUUGAAAAAGCACACUAAUAAAACCAUCGUUCAUGAGUGACCAGAAUAUAUUUUCAUAUUAAUACAAUUAAGAAAUAUAUAAAUAAUUCUUAAAUAUAUAAAUAAUUCUGAAUCCUAUUCUGUUGCAUGCUGGGUAUGGUUUGCCAUGGUUGCUAGGUUGUAACUAGGGGCCUAAAGCGCGAAGAAGCUUUAGAGUCCGCCUAGUUACAACCUAGCAACCAGUGUAGUGGAAGCUGAGAAGAUAAUGGCGGAAACCAAAAAAGCUAAAAAUUAUCACUUUCAUCCUGAGUGGGAAGAGGAUUACUUUUUUGUUUUUUCGAAUUCAAAGCCAGUGUGUUUGAUCUGUAAUGCUACCGUGGCCAUUCCAAAGAAGGGAAAUUUGGAGCGACAUUUCAUGACCGUUCACAAGAGCUAUGCUAAAGACUUCCCGGCGAAAUCAGCUGUACGAACUGAAAAGGUAAACAACCUGAGGAGACAGCUAGCCGCAAAGCAGGCAGUGUUUACGCGACCUGUUAAUAAGAGUAAAACUGCCACGAUAGCGUCUUACCGUGUGAGUCGUGUUCUGGCAAAGCACAAGAAAUGUUUUAAAGACGGCGAAGUUUUCAAAGAAGCCUUUGUGGAGGCCGCGGAUGCACUUUUCGCUGACUUCAAGAACAAGAAGGAGAUCAUGUCGGCUAUUCAAGAAACCCAGCUAUCCAGGAACACCAUUACAAGGCGGUGCGAGACCAUGUCAGAGGACAUUGAACUACAGCUUAGAAAUGACAUUGAGAGCUGUCUUUGUUUUUCGCUGCAAUUUGACGAAUCAACUGAUGCUGUGGAUGUGGCGCAGUUAUGUGUUUUCAUUCGGAUGGUUUUUCAUAACAUGACGGCAAAAGAAGAGAUUCUGACAAUUUUGCCUUUGAAAGGGCACACAAGAGGGUCGGAUGUUUUUGACACGUUUAUGGAGUUUGUCAGUAAGUUGCAUUUACCCCUCUUCAAACUUACGUCAAUCACAACUGAUGGGGCUCCAUCUAUGGUUGGGCAUACUGCUGGGUUCGUUGCUUUGUGCAAGCAGUCGGAAUCUUUCCCUGAUUUUUUGAACUAUCACUGUAUCAUUCACCAACAAGGGCUGUGCGGGAAGAUUUUGAACAUGAAGGACGUCAUGGACAUAGCUAUAAAAAUCGCGUGCUCUUUUCGGGCCAGGAGUUUACAGAGGCGCUUAUUCCGUGCCCAGCUCGAGGAGGCAGGUGCAGACCACACCGAUCUGCUGCUGCACACCGACGUCAGGUGGUUGAGCCGAGGCAAAUUCCUCGAAAGAUUUUUGGAACUUUUGCCCGAAAUUAAAGAGUUCCUGAAGCACACAACUACCCAUGCUGCUGCUUAUACUCAGCUGGAGGACGGUCAGUGGCUCGCUGAUUUGGCUUUUCUCACAGAUGUCACCAAUAAGAUCAAUGACUUGAAUCUCGAGCUGCAGGGGAAAGGAAAGCACAUCGCCAACAUGAUCAGUUCAGUGAACACCUUUAAAACGAAGUUGCGCCUGCUGGUACGCAGGUUGCAACAGUGUGAUGUCAGGAACUUUCCGCACUUGGAGGCUGAGCUCCGCCGUCAGGGCAAAGACAGUAUGGAACUUGCUCGUUAUGAGCAACAGAUCCAAAACAUUCUUUUGGAGUUUGAGCGCCGGUUUACUGACUUUGCGUCCAUUGAGCCUGUUGCUCAGUUUCUGUGCUUUCCAUUUGGUGAAAAUGUUGAUGUGGAUUGCAUUGCGCCCAAAGUAGCCACACUCUUCAGCCUGGACUCCAGUGCUGUCGAGAAUGAAAUUCUCACACUGCAAAAUGACAUUGAGAUGAAAUGCAGAGCAACACCUGGGAUAACUGGCGAAUUCUGGAACCUGCUGCUGGAUAUCCAAACCUCAGACAAUGCGCACUGAAUAUGACUUCCCUUUUUGGAUCAACAUAUUUGUGUGAGUCUGCCUUUUCACACAUGAAAAUAAUCAAGUCCAAGUACAGAACCACACUGACUGAUGACCACCUCGCAGCCUGCUUAAGGCUGGCACUCAACUCCUACUGUCCGGAUUACGAGAAGCUAGCUGCCUCCUCCCAGUGCCAGAAGUCCCACUAAGAUUCAUUUAAAUCCAACUGCUGGUUUCCCUGCUAUUGCCACUCUCCAGUGAAGUUUAUCAUUUUGAAAUAUUGGACUUCUCUUCUCCUUCCUGCUUUGAAGUUAUCUCUUCUGGUGUGUGUGUGUGUGUGUGUGUGUGUUAAUCUGUUGAAUUCAUGUUGAAUUGAUGUUUUCCAAUUUUGGAUUUCUGUUAUGGAGUUUUUGGAGUGUUCUUUUCUGUAGGUGUGUGUGUGUGUGUGUUAAUCUGUUGAAUUCAUGUUGAAUUGAUGUUUUCCAAUUUUGGAUUUCUGUUAUGGAGUUUUUGGAGUGUUCUUUUCUGUAGUUGUGUGUGUGUGUGGUUGAGAGAGAGAGAGAGGGGGGGAGAGAGAGAGAUGAUGUGCCUCUGAAGUUCUGUUGUGACAUGUUGAUCAGUUCCUCAUUUUUUUGUGCAUUUAUACUGCCUAUUCUCCUCCUGUGCAAAUAAAAACUCAACUACGUGUGAUCUGCGAUUGCGGCUCCUUGUUUGAAUUAUUGCCCGGCCCUUGAUCUUGACUUGGUAGAUCUCAGCAUGCCAUCAACUUCAAAAGUAGAUCUUGGUUAAAAAAAGGUUGGGCACCCCUGCUAUAGAGGUACCACCUCAAAAUGUUUGGAUACUGACAUGUCAAUCAGACUGAAGCCCGCGAGCAGCCCUCUGUGUGUGUGUGUGUGUGUGUGUGUGUGUGUGUGUGUGUGAGAGAGCGAGCAGGGAGAGACAGAAAUGCACAGAAAAAGGUCCCUCCAGACAACGGGGAUUUACACGAAAACGGAAGGAGAUAUUCACAACAUUCUUUCACAAGAGCAACUCAAACCAGAAGCCUGAAUCUGAGGAGGACAUUGCUGUGGUAACAGUCAACGCUAUUUAUGAAGAGUAUCCCUUUAAAGCGUGACCUCAUGUUGAGGACUCUGCUGAACAACCACCAAUCGGUCCAUGUUUCAGCAGUAAUAUCCCCUUGAUGAGGGUGGUGCAGUCAGUUAAACAAACUAAGAGGAGAUCCAGUGGAAUAUUGAAGAAAGGCUGGCUGUUGCACCAUACCAAUGUAGAUACACUG